UCUGUAGAGACGAUAAGGGCGGAAAGGAAGAGUCAGCUGAUAGGAGGCGGGGCGCGUCGGGAGAGGCUGACCCGGAGCCAUUCGUGAAGGGACACAGCGAGAGGAGAGCGUCCACACUGCAGGCGGCGCCGACAGCCUUAUCAGGGCCUUGAUUCCGAAGGCCGGCCGCCUCCACCACGGGGCCACCGCCGGGGACCCCUCAGCACCAGCCGGGCAGGAGGACGGGUCUGGACGGGUCUAAGCGACAUGCAGGAAGCUGGCCGACCGGUCCAGCUGUGGGGCUGGGGCGCCACGGCCCUACUGGAUCCCGUCGGCCUCCUGGUGCUGCUGACCUGGGCGAGCUGCGGGCACCCAGCGCGGGCACCGGAGAGCGUGUCGCCCAUUCUGAACAUGAAGCUGGAUUCGAGGACGAAAACGCUGAGCUGGAAUUACAGGCGGAACGUGACUGAGCAGGAGUGCAAAAUCGACACGCCGCCCGACGACUCGACCUCCAAGACCCCGCAGGUCAACGGGAACGACACCUACUUCUGCGAGUUCCCCAACUCGGUGCUGCACCGGGGGGGCCAACCUGACGCUCAACGUCACCGCCGAGGGGGCCGCGUUCCAGGAAGUCCUGGUUUUCCGCAACUCAGCUGGAGCCCCGGCCCGGCCGCCCCGCCCGACGUCCGGUACCACCUCUACUGGUGGGCGUCCAGUCACGACCUGGAGGUCGAGUGCGCCCGCUAUGUCGUGGACCCCGCGGGGACGCGCGUGGGCUGCCACCUGGACGACCUCGGGGACCCCAAGACGACCGACUACUUCUUCCUGGUCAACGGCACCAGCAACCGCACCGCCAUCCGCUUCCUGGACUUCACGCCGUUUCGCGCCAAGCUGAUGGAGAAGUAUCGGCCGCCCGCCAACAUCACCACCGCCUUCAAUGGCUCCCACCACGUCGUCCGCUGGGACGACCCCGAGACCCGCUUUGACGUCGCGAGUCAUAUGCUGUGCUACCAACUGGACAUCCGACGACAGGGCAGCUCCUACAAGAGAGACCCCGUUUUCCAACGGGGUAGUGACGGGAAUCAGUACCUGCUGCCCGGCUCUGCGGUGACGGCGGGGGACACGGUGCGGGCGCGGGUGAAGCACGUGUACGGCGACAUCUGGAGCGCGUGGAGCCGGGCCGUGGACUUCAGUGAGUCCCCUGAACCCCACUGUCCCACCCGCCCCUUUUGUCCCCGGAUUCAGGGCCGCCUCCUCCAGGAAGCCCUCCUCUCCAUCGCCGCGGGCCCUGCCUGCGCCCUCUGA